AUGGAGUUGUUGAGGUUUUCUUUGUUAAUCAUAGCUACCGUUUUAGUAGCAAAUGUAUCUUCGCAAUGUACAAGAGAUGCUGUUACUGAUUGUGUAGUUUACGAUUCAACCCACAUAAAACAAUUUGAUGGCAAAGUUGUUAGUGUUUCUUCAACCUGCAGCUUCACCCUGGUUAACAUUUUAGAUAGAAAUCUGAAAAUAAACUACUUAAAAAAACCUUCCGCUAUUCAACUACUUUAUAAAUCACAAAAUUACCUUAUUUCCUUAGAUGUUAACGGAAACGUAGUUUUUACCGUCGAUGGAGUUCCUAAAAAAAUUCCAAGUACCGUGGCGGGAGUUACAGUUUCUCAACCGGGAAGUAUGGCAAUUAUUGAAUUAAAAAACUUGGGGAUUAAAGUUAGAUUUAAUGGUGAUUUGGUUGAAGUUAUUCAAGAUAAUCAAAAUAAUGUUAUGGUUCCAUCUGGUUUAUGUGGUAAUAACGACGGAUGUGAUAAUAAUGAUCUUAUGUUGAGUGAUGGUACAAUUGUAACUUCACCCAUUCAAUGGGCUAAUAAUUGGGCUUUAGAUAACUGUCAAAGCUCAACCUUCCAAAGCGUUUGUGGAGCAAAUCCGCUAGCUCUUAAAAAUUCUAAUAAUUAUUGCAACAGUCUUUUUGGAAGAACAGAAUUUACUGGCUGUUCGGCAUUUACGGCUUUAUACAAAACUAUUUGCCAAUCAAAUUAUUGCGGUUGUAAGAAAGCUACACCGGAAGAAUGCCAAUGCGAUUUGUUAGAUUCGUAUACAAGAGCGUGCCAAACGAAGAACAACAACAUUAUGAAUUGGAGAAGUUUUGGAUUAUGCAAAAUAAAUUGUAAUAAUAUUGAUCAACAAUAUAUGACCUGCCCAAUCAACCGUCAACAACUUUCUUGUGGUCAAUCUCCGCAAGCUGAUCCAACUAGAAUCGAUUGCGAGGAAGGUUGCUAUUGUCCAGCGGGUAUGCGUUGGUUUGAAGGACAAUGUGUUUUGACCAGCGAAUGCCCUUGUUUCUACAAUUCGAGACGUUACGAAUCUGGAGAAAGCGUUACACAAGUUUGUAAUCUUUGUACAUGUACAAACGGUAAUUGGAAUUGCCCAAAUCCAAAAUGUUGUUGUGAAACUGGUUAUUGCGUUGGUGACCCCCACUACAAAACCUUCGAUGGUUUAUUAUAUGAUUUCAUGGGUAAAUGUGAUUAUUACGUUCUUCGAAGUUUCUUUGCUGAUGUUAUUUGUGAACAUUAUGUACGAAAUGCGCAAGGAGUACCUUACAGAGAUUUCGCAUCUAAUGCACCAUCGUUGUGUAUGAGUAUCAGAGUUAUAUCUAAUGGCCACGUUAUUAAAAUAGGACAACAAAAGAUAACGAAAUUCGAUAAUCGCCCGGUUAAACAUUUCCCAUACAUUCGAGAUGGAAUUCGCGUUGUUCAAAAGAAUGCUGAAUACCACGCAAUUAUUUUAGAAAAUGGCGUUGAAAUUCAAUUUAACGGUAUUUGGAGUGUUUAUGUGGUCAUCCCUCAAAGAAUGAUUAACAGAGUUGAAGGAUUACUUGGUGUUUAUUCAAAAUCGACAGCUGAUGACAUGAGAAAACCUGACGGUACACUGGCUGCCAAUCUUUUAGAUUUCGGCAAUUCGUGGAAAGUACCGGGAAGUUGUACAAAUGAUUACCAAAAUGAUGCUGUUGAUCCUUGCGUAGCUGAUCCAAGUAAGAAACCACCAGCAGAACAAUUUUGCGCCCACAUUCUCGGUCCUUUAUUUGCUGGAUGCUCUGAAGAUCCUCAAGCUGAUUACGAUGCUUGCGUUUAUGAUGGCUGCCUUUGUCUAAAUGAUGAUCCCAAAUGUCUUUGUGGCAUGUACGAAACUCAAGCGAGAAAAUGCGCCGUUAAAGGAACGGUCAUUGAUUGGAGAUCAACAGUUACACAAUGUCCCUUCCCUUGCCCUGCUGGAACAACUUAUCAAUUCCAAGCUAAUCCUUGUCAACGAACCUGCGAUGAUAUUAGUCGUAACACUAAUGAUGGACAAUGUCUUAUUUCUAACGAAGAUUGCGUUUGUCCACAAGGACAAGCUUUUAACGAUAAAAAUCAAUGUGUUCCAAUAUCUCAAUGCAAUUGUAUUUAUGAGGGUGUUCGUUUCCCGGGUGGAUUUAUAUUUGUAAUUGAAGAUGAAGCUUUGAGAUACGAUUGCGUAAAUGCUCGUUGGGUAAUAACAGCAGCAACCGCACAAGAUAUGCGUGACUUCCCUUCAGUAGAAGAAUUUACCGUUGAAUGUUCGGCAAUCGAUUCGAAACGAUACGCCGGGUGUAAACGAGUUAACACUUUAACUUGUUACAAUCAACAUCUGGAAGAACUAGGUGACUACGAUAAUUGCGUUGCAGGAUGCGAAUGUUUACCAGGAUUUGUUUUGGAUACUGCCCUUGAAAUAUGUGUUAGGCCAAUCGACUGCCCAUGUUUGUACAAAGGAAUUAGUUACCCAGAUGAUUCAGUUAUUAGUAAUCGCGAAGAAAGAUGUACUUGCGUGGAUGGAUUAUGGGAAUGCGUCCCUGAAACGGAUCACUGGGAAAUUUGCAGCGUUUUUGGUGAUGUUCACGUUAGAACAUUUGAUGAAACCUUCUUCUCCUUUAAUGGAUUCUGUGAAUACGUCAUGUUACAACACGACUUUGGAACAACCGGAUCAUUUAGAGUUUCCGUUGAAACGGGAUUCUGCCCGCAUGGUGCAUGCAUCGUUGCCGCUUAUAUUCGUUUCAGAGCUGAAAAUGGAAAUAUAGAUAAUGUUGUUUUCGCACCCGGACAAAAUUACGUCGCAUCACAAAAUCUUCAAAAUCUUGUCAUCACUGAUUUGGGUGCUUCUGUUAUGGUUGAUGUAAUCGCUUUUGGAGCUAGGAUCAUUUGGGGUAUUGAUGGUUGGAUUCAUAUUCAUGCUGGACCCAAUUGGUUAACAUGGCCAUUCUCUGGAUUAUGUGGUGUUUACGAUAACGAUCCAACAAAUGAUUUACAAGUUACUGGACAAACAUUGAAUGGGGUUGCCGAUUUCGUCGAUUAUAAUCGUCUUGAUAAUACUUGCGAUGCAACUUCCGAGAUACCAUUGGAAGAUAUGAUCAUUGUUAGCGAGUGCGAGUACAUCCUUAGCGAUGUUUUCCAAACUUGCGGUCUCCUUCUUAGCGCUAAUCAACAACAAUAUUACCAGUCAUGUAUUAAGAGUGGUCAAUUACAAGCUGAUUUAGAUCCAACUCAAACAAGUAUUUAUUAUUGCGAUAUUCUGGCGGCUUUUGCACAAGAAUGUGCUGAUGUUGGAGCUCCAGUUAACUGGAGAACUUCUACGAUUUGUCCACUUCAGUGUGCAGCAGGUAAAGAAUAUUACACGUGUGAUACGCCGUGUGCAAGAAAGAAUUGUGCCAAUAUGGCUACCGGAUGUCCGGAUAAGGUCUGCGCGGAAUCAUGUAACACCCCGCAGUGUUCUAAUGGGCAAGUUUAUUUGGACGCAACUAAUACUGCUUGUGUUGAUCCGGCCAAUUGUCCAGUACUGAGAAGAAGCAGCGCUCGGAACGCUUUUUCCCUUUUCCUGGCCAGAGCUUAAACCGUAGCUAUUAGAAACCGUAGUAGUGCUUUUUAAAUGUGCAUGCAAAUUUCAAAUGUUUUAAACGUUUAUACAACAUAAAAUGAAUAAAAGCAUAUUGAAAUAAUA